GUGUCCCUCGGACACAGCGGACCAUUGAUCCACGGAAAGAGCCGAAGAUGUCAUUUCGGUUAUGCGAUCAGCUGUGUCCAAUCACAGCUGAUCACAUGGGACAUGUACACUGAUCAUCAGAGCACUGAUGAUCAGUGUGCCCUAAUGAUCUGUGUAGCCCCAGCAGUGCCACCUGUCAGUGUCCAUCAGUGCCAGCUCUCAGUGCUCAUCCAUGCCACCUGCCAUCAGUGCCACAUCAAUGCCACAUAUCAGUGCCCAUCUGAGCUGCCUUUCAGUAUCGCCAAUCAGUGCCACUUAUCAAUGCCAGUCAGUGCCACCUAUCAGUGCCAGUCAGUGUUGCCUAUCAGUGUGCAUCAGUGCUGCCUUUAAGUGCGGCCUAACAGUGCCUGUCAGUGCCGCCUAUCAGUGCCGCCUAUCAGUGCCACCUAUCAGCGCCACCUAUCGGAG